UAUAGGCGUCGUGUCGAGUGCAUCAUCAGGUCUCGUCGGUGUUUUGUUUGUGAGUUUAGUAGCAGCCUCACUCACCCCUUCCCGUUGGACGAGGAUGUAUCCAACGAUUCGCAGCCGAGCCUUAGCACUUGCAUACUUCUCCUUCCUCGUGUUGGCUUCAGAUGGCGCUUCUUUGUACGAGUUCCCGCAGUACAUGGCCAUAGACACUCAGUCGUCGGAGCGCGUUCAGGCAGGCACACAGACGUUGGCCCAGCUCAUGGGUCUUCCGCCCACCGCCACCGCCACCAAACCCGGCCAGGAGUUCCGCGGCGCCCCCGUCAUGAGCGACAGCAGCAACAGCCGGCUGGUUGUGCCCGGAGGCCCCCCAGCCGUACCUCCUGCUGCGUACGUGCCCCAUCGCUACGCCGUGCUGUCUCCUGACGACCGCUACGUGAGAGAUUUCUUCCUUCACGCACAGUCACCAGCCGCUGCGGUCGACUUCGAAGACGGAGACUUAAAAGGCCUCAACGCCAUCCUGAAGGGCUUGUACCGACAGGACCCCAGCACCGCAGCGCGUGGGUCAACGAGAGGUAAUGACUGGGACAUCCUGCAGAAUCUACAGCCACAUAUGAAACCGAAUCGCCUGUCCUCCCCGCAGCUUCAGCAACCACAGAGUCGCUUCUUCUCCUCCAGCGUAGACGCAGACGAACCGAGGGUCGCCGUGAAGAGGUGGUGGGGAGGAUAUCACAGGCCGAGGCAACAGAAAGACCGCAGAGCAUCACAGAGUAAGCACUACGACUGCCUCAAAUCAUGCAUCAAGGAAGGCAAACUGCAUCCCAUACAGUGCCACACCCUCUGCUAAACCCGAGGCUGAGGACACAGGAAGAAGAAGAAUGAAGUGAAGCUAACUGAAGCGAGCUGAAGCGAGUGUGAGAGAGCGAGUCCUUGACAUUCUGUGUAUGGAGGAGAGAAAGAGAUACGACGCGUUUAUCACCUUUGUUUUUUUUUUCUCUCUCUCUCUUUUAUUCUCUCUGAUUCUCUUAUUCCCUACCCUUAUUCUAAACACAAAGAGGAUGGCUUUCAGAUACUCCAGAAUCUACGAGAAACUAAAUGAAGGUAUCUUGCUACAUCCACGGAGUCGAUCUGCCGCCGUCUCUUCGCAACGGUUGGCGGGAGGGUAAUAUUGAAUAAAAAAAUAGAAAUGUUAGAUAUAGAAGAAAAAAAAAGAGAGGAACCUGUGAGGAUAAGAAAAACAAAAAUGGAUCUAUUUAUCUAUUAAUAUAUAUAUUUAUUUUUCAUUCUCUUUUCAUGGAGAAAGUUUUAUCACGUAUUGAUGAACAGAAAUAUAUAUAUAUAUAUAAUAUCCUGUUUAUUCUUCUGUUUAUGGAAUUAUCUCGAAAAAAAGGAAAUAACCACUGUUUGUUUUAAUCCAUAUUCGUGCAUAUCUAGAAAAAAAUGACUCAGAUAUAAAUAUAAACAAAAUAGGGAAUAUGUCGGAGCUUUGUUUACAGUGAGAAGGAAAGGAGGCUGAUUCCUUCUGACUGUAAACAACACAGAUUAUAUGUUCAUUUAUAUAAUGACAUGUAAAUACCUCUGUAAUACUUUCGUCAUCUUGUCGUUCAAGGAGAAUCCGUGUAGUCAACAGGUUUCUUCAUAUUCUGCUCUGCUAUCAUCAUUAAAUUUUA